AUGGCACCAACCAUCCCGGUGCCCACUCAGGGCGGGAUGUUCCACACUUUUCAAGGAGUCACUCCUCGCAAGGCAUCGGCAGAUUCGCAAGACAACACCAAGACCAGCGGCGCAGGCACAGCCAAGAGGAUAACCACACCACACGCCUGUGCCGAGUGCAAGAGGCGCAAGAUCAGGGCGCCCAAGAGGUGCUUCUAUGACAAGCACCGUCAACGGGUGAUCCCCUCUCGCAAGACCCUCGAAGCCCUCUCCCAGUCCCUCGAAGAAUGCCGCUCCAUCCUGAAGCGGUUGUAUCCCAACCAGGAAGUGCAGGCCCUCCUGCCCUUGUCGAGGCAAGAACUCCUCAACCUUCUAGAUCGCCCCAUGCUCGACACCUCAGUGGGCGGUCUGCCAUCACCACCCAUCAACACCUCACCCAUCUCGGACCUUGGCUCGCCCAUGAUGCCCAAGUCGGAGAACAUCCUGGAGCAGCUACCCUCACGGGAUACCGAAUGGGAUGAGGAGCGCAGGGGACGGGACCCCAUCCCAGCAGAGGCCGACGACAUCAACGCCCUCUCCCUCUCGGUCGACCGCCAGGCCUCCUACCUUGGCGCCUCAUCCAUCAAGGCUGCCCUGAUGGCCAUGCUCAAGGUGCAACCCAGCCUGCGCAACACUCUCGCUGCACCCCUCAGCAACGUUGACAUGUCCCACAACUUCCCCACAACUCGCCAAAAGUCAUCGUCGUCCUCCUCUUCCUCAGCGCCCAAGGACACCCAACGGAUCCCUUGGUCGUGGAAGGGCCAGACCCUGAUCGACGCCUACUUCAAGCGCAUCCACUCCUUUGCGCCCAUGCUCGACGAGAGCAGCUUCCGGGCCGACUAUCUCGAGGGCCAGCGGACUGAUGCGCCGUGGCUUGCGCUCCUCAAUAUGGUCUUCGCUAUGGGCAGCAUCGCGGCCAUGAAGUCAGAUGACUACAACCACAUCAACUACUACAACCGUGCUAUGGAGCACCUGCCCAUGGAUGCCUUGGGCAGCAGCCACCUAGAGAUCGUCCAGGCGCUCGCUCUCGUCGGCGGCUUCUACCUACACUACAUCAACCGCCCCAACAUGGCCAACGCUGUCCUCGGCGCCGCUAUCCGCAUGGCCAGCGCGCUCGGCCUGCACCGCGAAUCCCUCGCACAGUCCAGCAGCGACAUCGUCGCGGCCGAGACCCGCCGGCGCACUUGGUGGUCGCUGUUCUGCCUGGACACCUGCGCGACCACUACCACCGGCCGCCCGUCGUUUGGUCGCUGGGGCCCGGCCAUCAACAUCCGCCCGCCCGAGUUCGGCGUCAACGCUAGCCGCGACUCGUCCCAGCAGUCGGGUGGUAUCCUGCCACUGAUUGAGAACAUCAAGUUCUGCAAGAUCUCAACACAGAUCCAAGACAUGCUCGCUAUCACGCCCCUUCUCCGCACCGAAGACCGCUGCAGCUUGGAUGCGCAGCUGGUCAACUGGUACACUUCCCUGCCCUGGCUGCUCCGCACCACCGACCCAUGCGCUGAGCCCCUCUACAUGGCGCGCUGCAUCAUGAAGUGGCGCUACCAGAACCUGCGCAUGCUCCUGCACCGCCCCGUACUUCUCUCCCUCGCCUCGUCGGGCUUGAACCCACACACGCAGGCCUGCGACGCCGACCUGGCCGCCAUCGAGACGUGCCGCGACCUCGCCGCGCAAACCAUUGACGACAUUGCGCGCGAGUGGGCGCGGAACCAGAUGAGCGGCUGGAACGCGGUCUGGUACCUGUACCAGGCCGCCAUGGUGCCGCUGGUCAGCGUGUUCUGGCAGUGGGGCUCCCCCCGCGUGCCCGAGUGGCUCAAGCAGAUCGAGGCCGUCCUCGACCUCCUCGAGGUCAUGGAGGAGUGGUCGCUCGCUGCCCGCCGCUCGCGCGAGGUCGUCUGGCGCAUGUACGAGGCCGCUCGCCAGCUCGUCGAGCAGCAGCGCGCCGGCGCCGCCGCUAGCCCGACCAUCCAGGUCCUCACCGGCGCGGGCGCGGCCGGUGGUGCUGCCGACGGUAUGCUCAUGGCCUCUCCCGGCGCCGCGGACGCCGCUGGCAUGCACAUGAGCCCCAUCGGCCUCGAGCCCGUCGACGGGCUCGGCAUGAUGGGUCUGCUCGACCAAGGCGGUCUCUGGGGUGACCUCGACGGGAUGUACUGGGGGGCCCAGCCCACGAGCACCCCAUCCCCGACGAGCCACCCGCAUGGGCACGGCCACUCGCACUCGCACCCGCACGUCACGCUGGGCAGCCCAGUCGACGAGUCGGCGGCCAUGGCUGCAGCGGAGUUUGCGGCGGCCGCGGCGGCCGGGUACCACCACCAGGGAGGGCCGGGCUCCGUCACUUCUGCAGAAGGGGGGAUGGUGCAUGCUGUUGACUACGGCGGUCUGAUGGCGCACCAUGCUCAUCCGCACCACCAUCAUGCACCGGCGCAGGCGGGCAUGGAAUUUGCCUACUAG